AUGGCGGCCCCACCCACGGCAAAAAAAUCGAUGCCUUACAUCGCCAGUUCCCCAAGCCGGCGUCAAAUGUUGGACGACAGUCCCAACACCGAUGACGGUCUUCCAGAUACAACAAAUGCACAAGAGAGCAUGCACAGAGUCUACUACAUGCUCAGCACGGGUAAAAAAUCUCUCAUGAUUGGGAUGAUUGAGCUCUAUGCAUUUGUCACGGCCCUGGAGAAGGACUGGGUACAAGUCCAGCGAGGCAUUCCGAUUGCUUAUGGCUCCCUUCCGGCAAAACAAGUCAACAUUUCGCAGUCGGUUGGAUGGAACAAAGCAACUAAGAGACAGAAAGCCGCUUGGAACGAUGGCCGAGCCCCAGACACAACCGAACAGCUCCUUGCGGCAUCCGAACAACCAAUGAAACGUGCCAAGUUAGGUAGACCGAAGAAUUCACCAAAUGUCAACAAGGACCCUCAGUCCACCUAUGUCUCCUACGGAGCUUCGACUAGUAAGCUGGCGCGCAAUCGAUGUUGGCUUGCGGCCGCGUUAGAAUCGCUUUAUGCAGUUUACAGCCCACUGUGGCUCCAAGAACCCGGUGGAAAACAGAACGAUCUAUUCUUUGUACUCGUAUCCCACUUCACAACACGGUCAACUUACGAGAUGUGCAAGAGCCCACAAAUACGUUCAAUCCUAACGCGCGGUUCAAACAAGAUAUUUAUCGAGACACAGAAACUUUACCCACUCAACUUUAUCUCUGGGGCCUUUUCCUCAUGUGAUUUAUUUUUGGAACUCGUCUUGGACGUCAAGAAGAAUAAGUCCAAGACGCUACCAAAGUUGUUUUGUGUCCAGGAAAACCGAUGUGGUAAAUAA